GCCAACAAACAUCGAGCGAGGAUUAAUUGCUUAAAGUAUAGAGGCUAAAAAAUCUUUACCAGGUUCUCAGCGGUCAGCUCUGCGGGUUGCUCUCUCUAUUCGCCCCGGGGACGCCCUACACAUUCUUCUACAGAUUCGAGCGUGCAAGCCCGGAACGCCUAGGGCUUUUCUCUUCCAUGGCGUGUGUUUUUUGACUCCAUUACAUAACGGGGUGACUGCGUGGAGGUUCAUUAAAGUGCCUUCCACGGUGGCGGGUGCAGUGAUGUGGCAGGGGAAUUCUAUCUAUUCACAAAAGAAACAUAUUUGGAUAUUAAUUCAUUUGGAUUGAGCUCACAUUGUCAAUGUGGAGAUAACUCCAAAUGUUUUGGCAUUGCAGCAUACAUUCUGCUUCAUGGUUCAUGAAGUGGAGGAAGAACACAUUAUUCAUCAUGUUACAGAAUUCUGAAAUUUGUGCUGAAAUAAUGCUUAAUAUGGACAUGUGCUGAAGGGAAGUUGCUCUCCAUAGGAGAUGGGCUCCUGUUAGCUCGAAGGAAUAUGUCUGGUUGUAUAUGAAGGCUGCAAUGCUCAAUCAGCUUUUGUUUUGAGUUGGCCAUUACAUGCUGAUCAUGAGAAGUUCUGCUGCGUUUGGAGCAGUUAAUAUUGAGAGUCCAGGAUUUAUAAGAAACUUCUGAGUAUAUGAGGGUUCAGCUGUAAAAAUGUUCCAUUUGUAGGAUCUGAGCAUGUGUCUGGUGGGAGGAAUUUCUUGUGGAAUCUUGAACUUGUUAGUUUGUUAAAAUUGGAGGUAGGGCUUGAGACUAUAUUCAAUUCAUUGCAUUGCCUUCAAAAUGUAAUAUUUGGCAUUGUAGAAUUUAAGGAACAUAGUGACUGGAAGAACAAAACUGUUUGGUUCUAUUUCAAAUUUAAAAAAACUGUGUGUGUUAUACCACACACAAUUCUCACCAUUGUGGCAAUUGUGGAGAAUUUUGAUGGGAUAAUGGGCCAAUCGGAGUUUGAAUUGUGGAAUUUGAAAGUGAGAUAAUACUUGACGAAAUUUGGCGGAGGUUUUCCAUUCUUCACUGAGUUUCAAUGUGGACUGUGCAUAGGUGGAGAAAUUUUUGAUACUUCUUGGGUUCAAGAGAUUCAAUCCUGUAAAGAUAUUGAAGACAUGAAGCAGUUCACUCCACUUAGCUACAUUAAUACAUGGGGUUAUUGUACAUAUGUUUUAAUAGCAUGAUUAUUUAAGGGAGGCAUUGCUGCUCUCAAGAGGAGAGGAAUGAGCAGAAGUGGUAGGAAACGCCAUUCUAAGUGGGAUUUGAAAGAAGUGCCCCAACUUCCACUUGAAAGUGUGCAAGCUGAUGACCGGUCUGGGAAAUCCAAUUUGCCUUUUUAUGGUAAAGAACCACAACCAGGCCAGCGUGCUUCAGAGGUUGCUGGUCCUAAUGGUAAAAAAAAAUGGGGUUCACAGAAUAAUGAGAGCAAUUAUAAAGACAACAAUAAAUACUUGGAAGGCACGAUGGCAUGGGAUGCAGAUGGAAGUUAUGGCAUGAAAAUGUCUCCAGGUUUUGAUGAAUGGAGACAACAAAAUCGCACUCCUUCCCCGAAGGGCAGCUGGAGCAGAUCACUCAGGGGUAGGAGCUGGAGCAGGAGCCGGAGCCGGAGCCGGAGCUGGAGCAGGAGCAGGAGCCGGAGCAGGAGUCGGAGCCCUGCACGUGGCUUUAAGCGGGAAUCAGGCGUGACUGACAGAAGGAGCAGAUCAGGAGGGUUGGCUCAACCAUGUAGAGAUUUUGCUGCUGGAAGAUGCAGGAGAGGUGAUCAUUGUCAGUUUCUUCACCAUGCUAAUCAAAAUUAUGAGGAUAAGAGGCAUUCAGAAAGUGGUCUUGCAGAUAGCUGGGAGAGUCGCAAGAUAAGUGGAUCUUCAAAAUACGCUAAUCUUGAUGAUGUUAGGGAGUAUCCAAUGAGGAGUGGGAGAUCUGUUAACUGUUGUAAUGAUUUUCUGAAAGGUAGAUGUCGAAGGGGGGAAUCAUGCAAGUAUGUCCAUCAUAGUGCUUCUGAUGGGCUUGGUAAAUCUGAUGGAAAUGACAUGCUUGUGGAUAGGGGAAAAGAUAGGAGUAGAGAUGCAUCUUCUGAGCGUAUUUAUGAGCAUGAACCACGUAGGAAUGGGGAUAUUCCUUGCAAAUUUUAUGCUGCGGGUAAUUGCCGGAAGGGUCGAUAUUGCAGAUUCUCUCAUCAGAGUCAGACAUAUUCUAGUCUUGGUGGAAGGUCGCAUGAUGAUAGGUGGAGGGUGGACCAUAAUUUGGACAAGGCAGAACAAUGGAUGGAAGGGCCAAAAUGGAGUGAUACAAAUAAUAUUUUGGACCCUGAAAAUUUGAGUGAGGUGAAGAACGGAAAAAUGGGUACCCCCGAAACUAGGAUAACUGAAUGGCCUAUGGAUGAUAGACUGGACUGCCAUUUGGACAAGGAGAAGGGAAUGUGGAUUGGCCCAACAAAUAAUGAUAAAGCUGUAGAGAGCAAUGACAAGAUAUGUCAUCAGUAUAGGUCAGAAAAAAAUGAUUCUGAAUUGGGUGUUUCUAAACAAGUGGGUACUGAAAAAUGGAUUUGUGGUAUGGAGAAUUCUGCUGCAUGGGAUUAUGGCGUAUAUUCUCCAAAUGACAUCAAUAAGAAAGAGCCUGUAUAUACCACACAAAGUUCACAAUCUCUGACUUCCAGUAAGACCUCUCUACCCAUGCAUGAACCAGGUAUUAUUACUCAUGAACCUUCAGGCCAGAUGCAUUGUACUGCUGCUGCCAUUCAGCCAAUGAUAUUUAAAAAAUCAUUUUGCCAGCAGAACCUCAGCUCAAUAGAGGGUGAUGUGCUUGCAGUCCAAUCUGAUGAUAAGAAUGCUAUUGAACAUUGUCCUGGUCUGCAGCUUGAUCUAAAUUUCUCUGCUGAUGUCUUGCCGUGUCAGAACUUUGAACCGAAUGGCAAUAAUUCAAGCACUAAGCCACUUUCAAGCUUGAAUUUGGUUGGACAAGGUCAGCCAGCAUUCCCAAAAACCCUUCCAAGAGGGGAAAAAGUUGAAAAUGCACAAAAUCAUGGAAAAUUUUCAGAGGGUGAGUCAAAUAAACCAGAUAAUGGGGAUGCAAAAGAAAUUUUGUCAACUCAGAACAUGGUAAGUGGAGAGCAGCUUGCUCAACUUACUAAUCUUUCAGCCUCUUUGGCUCAGUUAUUUGAAAGCGGGCAGCAGCUUCCACAGUUAUAUGCUGCUUUAAAUUCCACGACUGCUACAGAAUACACGCCUUCGCUUGCUAAUUCUGCAGGGCCUGUAGCACCAGCUAUGGCAGCACCCAUUCUUCCUAAUCUGACUGCUGAGUCUCAAAAGCAGUAUGAUCCUAUAUGUGACAGCAUCGAGCCAAUUAUGCCAGGUGGGCCAAAUGAUGGCAAUUCUUGUAAGACUGGAAUUUUGGAGGAUUUGAAUCAUGCUGAGCCAGUUCCAAAUUGUGAGGUUAAUGAGAGUAAUGGAAUUGCAGCUAGGGAAAGCAAGAAAGCGGAUGAAGAGGAAACACCGGGAAAUGGUCUCUUAUUGAAUGUGGACACAAAUGGUAAGGUUGAUGAGGGCAAGAAAAGCAAAGAUGCAAAGGGGAUUCGUGCGUUCAAAUUUUCUCUUGUAGAAUUUGUUAAGGAGCUUCUGAAGCCCACAUGGAAGGAUGGUCAAAUUAGUAAAGAGGCUUACAAAAUUAUAGUGAAGAAAGUGGUAGAUAAAGUGACUAGUACAGUCCAAGGAGCUCAUAUUCCUCAGACCCAAGAGAAAAUCGACCAUUAUCUGUCAUUUUCUAAGCCAAAGCUUACCAAACUUGUACAGGUGAGUACCAUAUCAUUCAAUGCUCUUUUUUCAAUUCACUGGAAAUUUUUAAAUUGGGCUAUGAGUUUUUCUUUGCACUUGUCUCAUGUUUCAUGUGUAGCCCCAGAUUCCUUUCCCCUCUAUCUGUCUCUCUCUCCUUUGCAGUGGAUCUAUGUGUUAUACUGAUUAGUUAGCGAAUCGUCAUCAACAUCAUGAUCACCAUCAUUAUUUGCAUCACUACUUUUGCAUUACAAUCCUCUAUUCCUAUAAAAAGUUCUUUUCUGGUUUUACAGAGAUAACAAGUGAAAAAUUUACAAUUGGUUGUCAAGCUUUAGAAUUUAACUUUCAACUGUGCUAUAUGAUGGGACCGUGAUGACACGGGCCCAUGUGGUAUGGCACCAGUGGUGCAGGUGUACGGGCCUGUGAUGACACGGGCCUGCAUCACCCAGGAUUUUCCUUUAACUUUGGGUGGGCUUGGAUUGGGAAUCAAUUAGCUACAUUCUGGCUCCUCAUUUUUCCAUUAACAUUGCAGUUAAUUGAAUCCUAUGUGCUUGAAUGUUAUUCCUCAAUAAUUUUAUCUAUCUUUUCAUUGAAAUCAUGCUAGGCAGUUGAUAGUAAGUGACAUAUAUUGGUGAGAUUUUCCAUAUUUUGGUUUGAACUUGGUCUUCAUUGAGUACUUGCUUUGGGCUGCAUGAAUGCUGAUUUCAAUCUACUAAGGGCGCUUCUAUUAAAUCACACUGGCUGCCAUAUCUGUUGUAAUGCCUUGUUUGUUAAUGCACAUCUUCCAUCACCAUCCACCGCUCAUGAGGAGAAAAAAGAAAAGAAAAUUAAAGAAAAGCCCUACAUUAUAUUUCCUCAUGGUCUUGUGCUGCUUUUAUAUUGUUGAAAAUUAUUAUUUUCUAGUUUUCUCAUUUUGUUACUUGGUGUAAUCUUAUGCCACUUGUUAGUUUAUUUAUUUUCACAUUUAUACUUUCUUGUACUGGGUGCUGUCAAUUUCAGCCUGCCAGCUUGUAUGUUGGUUGGUAUACCAUUUUCACUUAUUGUUCUGCAGUGUUGUUAUUAUCUUAAAAUGCCUUCGUAGCUGUCCACCCAGAAGUGUGAUUAUGACAAAACAAGCAUUUGGGGGUAGCAAAGAGAUGGUUUUUGCUGUAAUGUCCUCUGGAUGCGGACUGGUUAUCCUUAUUUCCAACUCAGUAAACCAUUUAUUGUUUUCAGGGCAGUCAAGAAAUGGUUUUCAUGGUUGAUCUCAGAUGAACAAUCAGCUUUUUCUCUCUUGUAUUCUGGAUAACAGAAGAAGAUGAAUUCAUUUUAUGUGAAAGAAUACACAAAAAAGGAGAAUAAGAAAUCCUCCUAAUUUUUUUUAUUUUUAUUUUAAAUAAAAGCCAAUCCCACUAAAGCUAGUCAAUCCCACUGGAUAUCAGAAAACAUCUUCCUUAAAAGCAACCAGCAGUGGCGCACUAAAGUGGCUAAAUAAUAAAUUUUUUCCCAUAACAAAGAGGAAUUCAGUUUUUUCCUGCAAGUGAAUGAGCAUUUUGUUCGAACCAUAAAACCCAACGGAACUGCAAAAACCAUGAACCAUAAAUCCCAACAGAACUGCGGAAACCAUACAUCUCCAUAAAGCAUCGGCAUCCUUCUACCAAAACCAGAAAAGGAAAUGACCAACAAAUCUUCCUGUUCUCCAGAGAAACCCAACCUUUUUCCAGAAGUCUAGAAUUCUUAUUCCAAAUAUUCCAAGUACAAGUGCAGAAAAAGCAGGUGAGAAGCUGUUUAUGAACUAUCAACACAAAGAACAGACUAGGAGAAAGUGCCAGAUUGUUGGUGUCAACUCUAUUAAGAACAAUCAACCAAAUAAAAGCCUUCAUUUUUAAAGGAACUUUGACUUUUCAAAUAGUUUUAUGGAGUAGACAGGAGAUAUUAGUAUUAGUUAAAUGAUCAAAUGAGAGAUUCUUGAGAAUAAACUUCGGAAGAGUUCAGCUUAUUCUUACUCUUGUUUCACAUUCUGACUAAUUGACCUCUCCCUGAAGUUUCAUAUUAUGACUAAGUUUGCUUUACAUCACCAAAAGAAAAGAAAUAAUAUUUUAAUUAACCAGGCUAUAAAAAUAAUACUACCAUAGGUUUUGAGGCUUGGCGGUGUCCUUAAUUUUCUGAAAUAUCUAUGAUCCUAAACAUUGCCAAUUCCUAUAUCCUCUCAAAGGAAAGGCAUCUUAUGUGGGUCUAGGGGCUGAGUGCUGGGGAGCUGCCACAUGGUAAAAAUGUUGAAUUCAUAUGUUACAUGGUGGGUUGUUAAGUACUGGCUUAUUGAUUGGAUUUUAUUUAGUCAUGUUUUAAUGAUAUAUAUUAAUAUUAAUAUAUGUAUGAACUGGCGGUUUAUUUAGUCCAAUGAAUGAGCAAUCAUACGUUCUGAAGAGUUAAACGAAGUUCCUUCUGUUCUGUGCUUUCCUUCUAAUGCAUGUUAAGAGAGUUUUGUUUGUUUCCCAGUAUUCUCUGAAUGUAGACAUCCGAUGGUCUCUCAUAAAUCCUGAAAUUUUUUUAUUUUAUUUACAUGGUAAUGGCAAUUUUUGAUUCAAUGGUAAGGGUGUUGCACCAAGUUUUUGUUAAGGUCAGACUUAUGGAUAAUGUGGAUUCCUUUUACUUCGAACUGGGAUGCUGAGUGUUUUCUUCGUUUUUGGGUAGAUAUGUUGGUAGAUAGUGAGUAAGGAUUUAAUAUCUUUGAAUCUAUCAAAAGAAAUGGUCUAUGAUCGCAUAAAUUGGCGGAAAAGGAUUCAUAUAGCCGACCCCACUUAGUGGGACAAAGGCUCGGUUUUUUUGUUUGUUGUUGUUGUUAUGUUGGUUAGUAGAUGCUGCCAUUUUUUAAAUUUUAUUUCUCAUUGAAAAGGCUGUAAUUUUUUUUAAAAAGAAGAUAGGAAAAGAAAAGAAAAAAGAAAGCUUUAUGCUUUUUGUAACGAAGUAGUUUUUAUGAGAUGAAAAAUCUUCUUACUCUGAAUCAUUUAGUUCAUGGGUUUAAUUUUGUUUUUUGAAUUUUUUAUCUGCAGGCGUAUCUGGAAAAACAUCAGAAGAGCUAAAUGAAACAUGUAACUUCUAUAUCUGUACUGCCACCCCCAUCACUUAUUCUACUGUGUUAUAUGACAAGUGUCCAGAUUCAUUUGUAUUUACGGUUUAAGGUCUCCUAGAUAUUCUUCUGCACUUGUUCACUGGUGUCAGCUGGGCAUUGGGUUUUUAGGCAUUUUUCUAUAUAUAUGUAUAAUAUAGGGGCCCCCUUUAAUGGUAAUUUUUAUACAUAAUUUUGGUGACUUUCGUCUCCUCGUCAUGGAUUCCUAAAAAAAUGUUGUUCUCUCGUUUCCUCUUCUC